GGCCUGGCCCGUAAGACCAACUGUCAGCGCUUACUUCCAAGUUACAAGUAACCGCUCUGCUCCCUCCGGAUCGAUCUCCCUCCCUCUCUUCUUGUUUUAUUUCCCUUCCAAAUUUCCUUGCGAUUUGAUCUGAAUUGCUGCUAGUUAUACUGUGCUUUCAAAUUUAGAUUCUUUCUUGGCACUCCAUCAUUCUAAAUUUUCCAAAUACUAUAGAUAUUAGAGACCGUAAUUAAAUCUCUGUUUUCAUUUCUGUAUCUGUGUUAGAGAGUGUGAUGGAGGGUUUACCUACCACCACCAAAACUGAGCGACGUUCGAGAUCCAAGAAUCUACACACUUCCAAGCCUUCUUUGGUCAUGGCCUUUUUCUCUUGCGUCGCUUGGCUUUACGUUGCUGGACGGUUGUGGCAAGAUGCAGAGAACAGAAAAUUGCUUGCUAAUCUUCUUAAGAGGAACAUUGAACAGAAACCAAAGAUUCUUACCAUCGAAGAUAAGCUAAUGGUCUUAGGAUGCAAGGAUCUAGAGAGGAGGAUUGUAGAAGUUGAGAUGGAUUUGACAUUAGCUAAGAGUCAAGGCUACCUCAAGCACCAGUUGCCACAAAGUGAGUCUUCUUCGCAACGAAAGCUUCUAGCAGUUAUUGGAGUUUAUACUGGAUUUGGUAGUUACUUGAAACGAAAUACAUUUAGAGGUUCUUGGAUGCCUAGAGGCGGUGCUUUAAAAAAACUCGAGGAAAGAGGAGUAGUGAUACGAUUUGUGAUUGGUCGAAGUGCUAAUCGAGGCGAUAGCUUGGAUCGCCAUAUUGAUGAGGAAAAUAGUAAGACGAAAGAUUUCUUUAUUCUUGAGGGUCAUGAGGAGGCUCAAGAGGAGCUACCUAAAAAGAUAAAAUUCUUCUUCAGUACUGCAGUUCAAAAUUGGGAUGCCGAGUUUUACAUUAAAGUUGAUGAUAAUAUUGACGUUGACCUAGAGGGGUUGAUUGGACUUCUUGAACAUCGACGUCGCCAAGAUAGUGCUUAUAUUGGAUGCAUGAAGUCAGGAGAAGUGCUUUCUGAAGAGGGAAAGCUUUGGUAUGAACCUGAAUGGUGGAAAUUUGGGGAUGAGAAAUCGUAUUUCCGGCAUGCAUCUGGUUCACUUAUUAUACUCUCCAAAAAUCUUGCUCAUUAUAUCAACACAAACAGUGCAUCUUUGAAGACUUAUGCUCAUGAUGAUAUAUCAGUGGGAUCUUGGAUGAUGGGUGUCCAGGCAAUUUAUAUAGAUGAUAAUCGUCUUUGCUGCAGUAGCAUUAGACAAGAUAAGGUGUGUUCUGUGGCUUGAGAGAACAUGGCUUACUCUGUUCAUCAGUUUAAAGGCAGCUAUUUUGUGGGUUGUCUGUCAGUAUUGCACUGAGAGCGGUUUAAGUGUCUAAUAUUGCUUUUCGCCACAUCAUGCAAACAUUUUAUUCUGGAUACAGCAGCAGUGAUCAAUUUCUGGGAGCAUUCGGUGGAUCAUUCAUUUAGAUUUUAGAUGUAGAUAUCUAUAUAGCAUUCCUUUUAGAGGAUGAACCACAGAUUAAUCUGCAUUUGGUGACUUCUGGUUGGUUGGACAGAGGAUUUUGUUUGAUUAGUUUUAUCAAGUUCAGUAGCCAUUUUCAUCUGUUGCUUAGAUGUAAUACCUUGAAUAUUUGUUCCCAUUGAAGAUAACAGUUCGGUAAUGUCAAAAGGUCAAUUAAAA